UCUAGAGUUUUAUUUAUUGUUACUACCAUAGAGAAAAAUAUUAACAGAAAUAUUUUAUAGAUGCUUUGAUCAGAACUGAGCAUAUUCAACUGAUGACAUAAAACAUGUAGAUCUCAUUUAGCUCUCCAGAUGUUUUUGGACUGCAACUCCCAGGAUUCCUCACCUUGGUUAUACUGACAAGGCCUCCUGAAAGCUACUGUCCAACAAUAUAUGGAAGACCACCUAGUGUAAGAAGCAGAUUCUCAAUCAUUGCAUUUUCAUGAUCAGCAUCUGUAAUUGUUACAAUGUAUGUGUUUACAGUGUUCAAUUAGAUUGACAGCAAUGACUCUUCAUAACACAACACUGUUCAUUUUUCAUUACUUACUUAUUUUAACACAUCUAUGUAUUCUGGUUUGUCAUAUUAAUUCAAACAUUAUAUUCAGGAAGACUUAAAACUAAUAGUAAUGUGAGUCAAAAGAGUCCUGCUGUGGGAAACAUUCCCCAAUGAAAAGCCAUUCUUUGUGGCAAUAACUCUACAGACAACUUUGCUGUGGUCCUAGUAAGCAAGUUUCUUCCUGGUCUACUGAUGUUUUUUUUUUUUUAAAUCCACUGCAGAAGAAACAGUGAGAAUGGCCACAUAUGGCAUGAAUGGUACUAGCAUAUGUCAGGUCUUUGGUUUGCAGACCUUUUGGUUUCCCACCAUGCUUAUUCUAGUGUAGAAAUAUGGUCCAAUCACCAUACUGUACUCAAGCUGGGCUCCCUCCAGUGAACCAGGCUGCCUGCCCAGAUAAAUGUUCUAUUUCACUACGCUUGUAUGAUUAUUAAAGUAUUAUACAGUGUAUAUGACCUUUUAAAAAAAAAGCAAAGGCAGUGUUCCAAUUCUGUCGGCACAUAUUACAUCCCAGUAUUGACACGCCCCCAGCCUCUGAUUGGGAUGUCAAUAUGAGUCUCCGCCUCUUUUCUUAUCUGAUGCUGCUGAGGGGCGUUCCCUUCCCCCUGUGUAGCCACGCCCCCAGCCUCUGAUUGGGAUGUCAAUAUGAGUCUCCGCCUCUUUUCUUAUCUGAUGCUGCUGAGGGGCGUUCCCUUCCCCCUGUGUAGCCACGCCCCUCACCCUCUGAUUGGGAUGUCAAUAUGAGUCUCCGCCUCUUUUCUUAUCUGAUGCUGCUGAGGGGCGUUCCCUUCCCCCUGUGUAGCCACGCCCCCAGCCUCUGAUUGGGAUGUCAAUAUGAGUCUCCGCCUCUUUUCUUAUCUGAUGCUGCUGAGGGGCGUUCCCUUCCCCCUGUGUAGCCACGCCCCCAGCCUCUGAUUGGGAUGUCAAUAUGAGUCUCCGCCUCUUUUCUUAUCUGAUGCUGCUGAGGGGCGUUCCCUUCCCCCUGUGUAGCCACGCCCCCAGCCUCUGAUUGGGAUGUCAAUAUGAGUCUCCGCCUCUUUUCUUAUCUGAUGCUGCUGAGGGGCGUUCCCUUCCCCCUGUGUAGCCACGCCCCUCACCCUCUGAUUGGGAUGUCAAUAUGAGUCUCCGCCUCUUUUCUUAUCUGAUGCUGCUGAGGGGCGUUCCCUUCCCCCUGUGUAGCCACGCCCCCAGCCUCUGAUUGGGAUGUCAAUAUGAGUCUCCGCCUCUUUUCUUAUCUGAUGCUGCUGAGGGGCGUUCCCUUCCCCCUGUGUAGCCACGCCCCUCACCCUCUGAUUGGGAUGUCAAUAUGAGUCUCCGCCUCUUUUCUUAUCUGAUGCUGCUGAGGGGCGUUCCCUUCCCCCUGUGUAGCCACGCCCCCAGCCUCUGAUUGGGAUGUCAAUAUGAGUCUCCGCCUCUUUUCUUAUCUGAUGCUGCUGAGGGGCGUUCCCUUCCCCCUGUGUAGCCACGCCCCCAGCCUCUGAUUGGGAUGUCAAUAUGAGUCUCCGCCUCUUUUCUUAUCUGAUGCUGCUGAGGGGCGUUCCCUUCCCCCUGUGUAGCCACGCCCCCAGCCUCUGAUUGGGAUGUCAAUAUGAGUCUCCGCCUCUUUUCUUAUCUGAUGCUGCUGAGGGGCGUUCCCUUCCCCCUGUGUAGCCACGCCCCUCACCCUCUGAUUGGGAUGUCAAUAUGAGUCUCCGCCUCUUUUCUUAUCUGAUGCUGCUGAGGGGCGUUCCCUUCCCCCUGUGUAGCCACGCCCCCAGCCUCUGAUUGGGAUGUCAAUAUGAGUCUCCGCCUCUUUUCUUAUCUGAUGCUGCUGAGGGGCGUUCCCUUCCCCCUGUGUAGCCACGCCCCCAGCCUCUGAUUGGGAUGUCAAUAUGAGUCUCCGCCUCUUUUCUUAUCUGAUGCUGCUGAGGGGCGUUCCCUUCCCCCUGUGUAGCCACGCCCCUCACCCUCUGAUUGGGACUUGCCUGAGAUGCUCUGCCCCCUUUCCACUUGGAGUGGCCCCGCCCCUCGACUCUUAUUGGGACGUUGCUGUGAGGCUCCGCCCCUUCUCUGUCUGAUGCCGCUGACAAGUGCUCCCUUCCCCCUCUAUGGCCCGCCCCUCGUCUCUGAUUGGGAGGGAGCUAUGAGUCCCCGCCUCCUUUCUCCUCUGAUGCUGCUGAGGGGCGUUCCCUUCACCCUCUGUGACCACGCCCCUCGUGUCUGAUUGGGCCAUUUGAAUCUUGGCGGGGCGGGGCCAAGGAGCAACGGCUGCCGCCAUGUCUGCUUGGUCUCGGAGCCUCCGCUUCGGAGGGAGACAGACAGAAAGGGAAAGGCCCAAGCCAAGCCGCUCUGCUGAGGAGAAUGCCGCCGCAGCGGAGCGGAGGCGGCAGCUGGACGAGUUCCUGGCCCAGAAAGGGAGGCCCAGGCCGGCGGGUGGCAGGCCCUACUUGAAGGACAGGACCAAUGGGCAGGCCUUGGCUCCCUCCAGACCGGACUCGGUGGCCAGGACGAAGCACAGGGAAGCCGCCCCAAGCAAACCCAAGGCGGCCCCCGUCAAGAAAGCGGUGCCCGGAGCGCCCCACCGCCCUGCGACAAAGGAGCCCCCAGCGGCUGGGUCCCGCUUUCCCCGGGAGCCCCCCUCCCAAACCCACCCUGAGAAGCCACUCAGGAAUGACCACAACAAAGGAAAACAGAAGGCAGAGGAUGGGAAAGAGAAUGCCGUUGUUGGAGUGACCGCAGUCCGACCGACUCAAAAGAGGGCUGUUUCCAGACCGGCGUUUGGAAGCCAUGCAUCCAAGCAAUCUGUACAUUUGGGGAGUAAGGGGACAUUCUCCCUGAACUCAGCAAAUCCUAAAAAGAAGCACCAAACUCCCCCGCCAGGCAAGAAGCCCUCCGCCCAUCCAAGGAGCCAUUCGGCUGCACCCAAAAGCGGAGCCGAGAGGAAGCAAGGCAACUUCAGGCAACAGCCGAGGACCCCCAAUGCAAAGCCUAGACCCCGGACCUCUGCCGUCCACACAGCUCCUGCCUCUGGGGGGCUCCGAAAUGGCAGGAGAGAGCCCCCCAAACCCAAGCACCCGGAUGUGGGCCCAGGCCAAGAGCUCAAGACCCCUUCUGCUCCCGACCGGAGGAAGCUGCUGGAGGACUGGGUGGCGUCCCGAGGAAGGACCUACAAGAGGCCCCCCAUGCGCCCCGCUGCCCCGAAGCCUCCGAAGGCAAAGUCCAGCCUGAACCUCGCCUUCUGGGGCUCCUUGGAGGAGGAGGAGGAGAAAGAGGAAGCGGAGAAGGAGGAGCAGCACCUGGCCAACGAGAUCACACACACCUUGGCAGAGUGCCGGAAGCUGGCCGAAGAGGGCCUUCCUGAAGAGCAGAUCCUCGCAGCGCUGACCCGCAUCCCGCAAGUGGAGAGGUUUGCCCAGUUCUGGGUCUGCAAAGCCACGCUAGAGGCGCAGAGGGGCUCCUUGGACGUGGCAGGGCUCUACGAAGCCGCCCUCUCCGCUGGGGCCACGCCGCUGCAGGAGCUGCGAGAUGCUGUCACGGGUAUUUUGAAGAAUGUCAAGGCACCGUCCAGGGGUGAGCGUGCCAUGGGAUCCCUUUGCACGAGAGACCCGGAGCCUGUGAGCCCUUCUGGAGUGUGUUUCCCUUCGACCCCUGCAGCCAGCCCUGUUCCAGAGGAAGAUGUGGACCCUCCCCAGACUCCUCAGCAAAGCCCACCGUGGGCUAAGCCCUGCUCGGCCAUCAAGCUCCAGAUCCUUUCCCUGCCCAGGUCCAGCAAGCGAAGCCCUUGGCCAGAGGUGAGACUCCUGACCCCCGUGCGACGGUCCCUGCGCAUUGAAGGCGCCACCGCUUCCUACCCACAGAUGCUGAGGGACCACGACCCUGUCGUCUCCUCCCUGGAGGAAAUCGUGGCCGCAGACCACGGGAGCCAAUUCCUCUUCCGCAGCAACACAGCUCUGCCCAGAGCGGUGAGAGUGGCCGACUUUGUGACUGGACGGGCCACCUGUGGGCACAAUGCCACCCCGGCCACGACGAAAGCAUCAUUGCCACGUUGAGGAGUGUUCACACCACCUCCUUUCCUCCCAGCCUCCUUCUUUCUCUUUCUUUGUAAACAAGACUGGACCCACAGCAUUGUUCUCUGAAGCCCUUUUGGAAACAUGUCCGUCUUUAUUCUUCAAUCCAUCAAUCGGUGUGUUGUCAAAAACUUUCAUGGCCAGAAUCCCUGGGUUGCUGUGAGUUUUCCGUGCUGUCUGGCCAUGUUCCAGAAGCAUUGUCUCCCGACGUAUCGCCCACAUCAGCAACCCAAUCAAUCAGCCUUUAUUACAAGGAGGAAAAGUGCACAGCAGAUUCCUAAACUGAUGAGGCCCACUUAAGAACAGGAUGAGUUCAAUGCUAAAUGCAUACAAACAAGGAAAAAACACUGCAAAUCUAUACAAGGCAAGUUUCAGCCUGGGUUUAAUACAGGAAGUUGUCUUAUCCCGGCUACUUCAGAGAGAAACUUUGCAACAACCAGGGCCACAUGGUGGAAACUAUCACUAGUACAAACCUCACAUGAAAUUGGGCUGAUCAAAUCAGGGGGUAUUAUGAAAUUGUGGUGUUACGUUGGCCGUUUACUGCUACAUUUUGUUUCUGCACUUUGUGUAUUUUGCAUGUUGUAUCUUGAGUGCUCUGUGAGCCGCCCUGAAUCCCUCUGGGAGAUGGUGGCAAGGUACAAAUAAAAUAUUAUUAUUAUUA